UGGACGAGAGUGUGGACGCUUCAGACGAGAUGCAGAUCUAAUGUUCUUUUUGUGGAUUUUCUGGCGUUAUUUGCUCGAGGGAGACAGAUAUUGAUACAUUGCUUUGCAGAUGGGGGGCAUUUUAGUACUAAUCAGAGGGGUUAUGUGGUCCUAGUACGCUUCAUCGAUUUGCAAAGGUAGGUGAAACAAAAGAUAAAUAGGCAACAUGUGUUUUAUUUUAUUUGACCGAGCCGGGCUUCAAGGGUUCGAAUAGGCUGCAACUUGUCUGUGAUGUACAAAUCUGAGUCGAGGCAGUUCAUCAGGGCACCACAAGCCAUUCGGGGGUGUGACUACAGUCAUUGGGGUCUAUAUAUAUUGAGACGUUUUUUGCCCGUUGGAUUUAUGUGAAUGGGAAACUGACCAGUGAAAAGUCCUCCCCCCCUCGUUGUCUUUUGUUUUUAUCUCUUAUUUAAUCAUACAUUGCCCACAUAUCGCAGCCUACACUAUGGAUUCCUGUUUUUUCGCACUUUGCACGGCUUUGCUGGUGGCGUCGCUGGUCCGCAGGUCAGGUGCGGGCGGGCCGGUCAUCAGAUGCGAGCCGUGCGACGCGGCGGCGCGGCUGCUGUGCAAGCCGCUGCCCAAGGACUGCGCGGAGCGGCUCCGGGAGCCCGGCUGCGGCUGCUGCCUGACCUGCGCGCUCAGCCGCGGCCAGCCGUGCGGCGUGUACACGGCGAGGUGCGGCUCCGGGCUCACAUGUCAGCAUCAGCCGGGGGAGACGAGACCCCUGCAGGCUCUGCUGGAGGGACGCGGCGCUUGUGCGAACGCCACUAACAAGCGGAGCGCGCUGACGGUCAAACCCACCGCCCCGGUCAAUGAAGUCCCAGAGCAUACAGACAUUCAGGAUAAGGAGCAGAAUCCCACCAGCUCAUGUCUCCAAACUUCGUACAGCACCCACAGACCCAAGGGACCACUAAGGCCUCCGCUGCACCCCUUCCUCUCCUCUGCAAAGUCGGAUGUGCUGCGACGGGAACAGCAGAAGAGAACCCAGGUCUUUAAAAUAGAGGGUCUCCCAGGACCAGUCAUCACAGACCAACAAAACUUCUCUUUAGAAUCCAAACAGGAGCCAGAGUAUGGUCCCUGUCGAAGAGAGAUGGAGAGCAUUCUCAGCAGCUUCAAAAUGACCAGCAUCCUCAACCCCAGAGGUUUCCGCAUACCAAACUGUGACAAGAAGGGAUUCUAUAAGAAAAAGCAGUGCCGUCCAUCAAAAGGCCGAAAGCGAGGCUUCUGCUGGUGUGUGGACAAAUACGGACAGCCGUUGCCAGGGUUUGAUGGGAAGGAGCGAGGAGACGCCCAGUACUACAUUUCUGAGAUCCAAUAGGAGUCCAGCGGGAUGGGAGGGAGGGAGGUUGGGACAGAACAAGAAGAAUUGUAAACAAAUGGAGACACUGAGGAUAUUGGAAAAGAAUUCAAGAGAAGGCUUGGCCAAUGUAUGGAUAUUUUCUAUUUCUAUCUGUUGCCUGCAGGACCUUCUUUUUUCUCUCUAAGGAAGAGCAAGGGGAACAGAGAAAGUGUACCAGGAAGAAAUCCUUGGACUUAAAUGCAAAGGAUGGACUAAGCUUUUUUUUUUUUUUUUUUUUUUUUUAUUAUUAUUUUAACCUGGGAAAACGAUACUCCCAUUCAUCUCAGAGGCCUUAAACUGAUCAUAAAUCAAAGAGACAUGUCACAAAGGGUGACGAAUGUGGUCUUUAUUUACGCACAAUUUAUUGACAUUGCAUAUAUGUACAUGCUGGUGAUGCGUAAUCAUUCACAGGAUGCUUGUGAUUUAUUAUUAAGGCAUUGCCUGUGGUCAUGGUGACCAGGAAAUGUAUGUCUGUAUGAAUCUGUCCUUCAGUGUAAGCAUGCAGUGUCUUACUAAGAAUUCCUGUUCAUGUAAAUUCCUUUGCUCCCACUUGCUUCCUGCUUUGGGGAGUCGGAUGGGGCCGUGCAGCUCAAACUCUACCAUGGAUAUAAUUUAACUUUUUGUUGAUGUUGUUGUUGUUUUUAUGCUGGAUAUCAAGCUACGGAGACCGGGACGAUUCUCUCUCUGUGGAUUUGUUUUUUUUGUUACCUUGCAUAAGCUGAGUACUUGAUAUAAAGUCUUCUGCCAUUA